UCGGCGCCGCCCCCGCCGGCCCGCGGAUGCUGCGGGGCAGCGGCGGCCGCGGAGCCGCGCGGGGCCAUGGCGGCCCCGGACAGCUGCGUGAAGGUGGCCGUGAGGAUCCGUCCGCAGCUGCCCAAAGAGAAGAUAGAGGGAUGUCACAUCUGCACCUCGGUGACACCUGGCGAGCCCCAGGUGCUGCUGGGCAAGGACAAGGCCUUCACCUAUGACUUCGUCUUUGACCUGGACACGUGGCAGGAGAGGAUCUACACGACGUGCAUGGGGAAGCUCAUCGAGGGCUGCUUCGAGGGCUACAAUGCCACUGUGCUGGCCUACGGGCAGACUGGAGCAGGGAAGACCUACACCAUGGGCACUGGCUUCGACAUGAGCAUCUCGGAGGAGGAGCAGGGCAUCAUCCCUCGGGCCAUCAGCCACCUCUUCAGCGGCAUCGAGGAGCGCAGGCGGGCGGCCCAGAGCCAGGGCCUGGCAGCACCCGAGUUCAAAGUCAGCGCCCAGUUCCUGGAGCUCUACAACGAGGAGAUCCUGGACCUGUUUGACAGCACCCGCGACCCCGACGCGCGCCACCGCAAAUCCAACAUCAAAAUCCACGAGGAUGCCAGUGGGAGCAUCUACACCACGGGGGUCACAUCACGCCUCAUCAGCUCACAGGAUGAGCUGAUCCAGUGCCUAAAGCAAGGAGCUCUUUCCCGCACCACGGCCAGCACUCAGAUGAACGUGCAGAGCUCCAGAUCCCAUGCCAUCUUCACUAUUUACCUGUGCCAGACCAGAGUGUGUGCCCGCCCAGAGCUGGUGAAUGAGGAGGUGAGCAGCCUUCUGGAUGGAUCCCAGCCUGCUGCUGAGUACGAGACCUUGACAGCCAAGUUUCACUUUGUGGACCUGGCUGGCUCGGAGAGGCUGAAGCGGACGGGUGCCACUGGCGAGAGAGCGAAGGAGGGCAUCUCCAUCAACUGUGGGCUGCUGGCCUUGGGGAAUGUCAUCAGUGCCCUUGGAGACCAGAGCAAGAAGGUCGUGCACGUGCCCUACCGUGACUCCAAGCUGACUCGCCUGCUGCAGGAUUCCCUCGGGGGCAACAGCCAAACCAUCAUGAUUGCCUGCGUGAGCCCCUCUGACCGGGAUUUCAUGGAGACCCUGAACACGCUCAAGUACGCCAACCGGGCUCGCAACAUCAAGAACAAGGUGGUGGUGAACCAGGACAAGACGAGCCAGCAGAUCAGCGCGCUGCGCGCCGAGAUCGCCCGGCUGCAGAUGGAGCUCAUGGAGUACAAGGCAGGCAAGCGGGUGAUCGGGGAGGAUGGCGCAGAGGGCUACAGCGACCUGUUCCGGGAGAACGCCAUGCUGCAGAAGGAGAACAGCGCCCUGCGCAUGCGCGUCAAGGCCAUGCAGGAGGCCAUCGACGCCAUCAACAGCAGGGUCACCUACCUCAUGAGCCAGGAGGCCAACCUGAUGCUGGCCAAAGCAGGUGACGGGAACGAAGCCAUCGGCACCCUCAUCCAGAACUACAUCCGGGAGAUUGAGGAGCUGAGGACGAAGCUCCUGGAGAGCGAGUCCAUGAACGAGUCCCUGCGCCGCAGCCUCUCGCGGGUGUCUGCCCGGCCCCCGUUCCCCGUGGGCUCCUCGCCGGGCGCGGGGCUGGCCGGGCUCUGCAGCCCCGCCGCCCCCCUGGACACCGAGGCCUCCGACGUGCUGCGAAGGGCCAAGCAGGACCUGGAGCGCCUGAAGAAGAAAGAGAGGCGGCAGCAGAGGAAGAGCCCAGAGAAGGAGGCAUUUAAGAAGAGGCAGAAACUGCAGCAGGACAAUGGGGAAGAGACAGAUGAGAACGAGGUGGAAGAGGAGGAGGAAGAACAGGAUGAGAGUGGCUGUGAGGAAGAGGAUGGGCGUGAGGAUGAAGAUGAGGACUCGGGCAGUGAAGAGAGCCUGGUGGACUCAGACUCGGAUGCAGAGGAGAAGGCUGUGAAUUUCCAGGCUGACCUGGCGGACCUAACCUGUGAGAUUGAGAUCAAGCAGAAGCUGAUUGAUGAGCUGGAGAACAGCCAGCGGCGUUUGCAGACCCUCAAGCACCAGUAUGAGGAGAAGCUGAUCCUACUGCAGAACAAGAUUCGGGACACGCAGCUGGAGCGGGACCGGGUCCUGCAAAACCUCAGCACCAUGGAGUGCUACACAGAGGAGAAAGCCAACAAGAUCAAGGCAGACUACGAGAAGCGGCUGAAGGAGAUGAACCGGGACCUGCAGAAGCUGCAGGCAGCCCAGAAGGAGCACGCUCGCCUGCUCAAGAACCAGUCCCGCUACGAGCGCGAGCUGCGGAAGCUGCAGGCAGAAGUGGCCGAGAUGAAGAAGGCAAAGGUGGCGCUGAUGAAGCAGAUGCGGGAGGAGCAGCAGCGGCGGCGGCUGGCCGAGACCAAGAGGAACCGCGAGAUCGCGCAGCUCAAGAAGGAGCAGCGCCGGCAGGAGUUCCAGAUCAGGGCUCUGGAAUCUCAGAAGCGACAGCAGGAAAUAGUGCUGCGGAGGAAAACCCAGGAGGUGUCAGCGCUGCGCCGUCUGGCCAAGCCCAUGUCAGAGCGGGUGGCAGGCAGGAUGAGCCAGAAGCCGGCCAUGAUGGACUCGGGCGCCGAGGUCUCGGCCAGCACCACCUCCUCCGAGCCCGAGUCGGGCGCUCGCUCCGUCUCCAGCAUCGUGCGCCAGUGGAACAGGAAGAUCAACAACUUCCUGGGAGACCCCUCGUCCUCCAUUAAUGGGGCUCGGCCUGCCAGGAAGAAGUUCCCCAAGAAGGGGACGAGCCAGACCUUCAGCAAAGCUGCCCGCCUCAAGUGGCAGUCCCUGGAGCGGCGCAUCUUCGACAUUGUCAUGCAGAGAAUGACCAUCGUCAACCUGGAGGCAGACAUGGAGAGGCUCAUCAAGAAACGUGAGGAGCUGUCGCUGCUGCAGGAGGCGUUGCUGGGCAAGCGGGCAAAGCUGCAGGCAGAGAGCCCCAAGGAGCAGAAGGGGCUGCAAGAGCUGAACGAGGAGAUUGAGGUGCUGGGGGCCAACAUUGACUAUAUCAACGACAGCAUUUCAGACUGCCAGGCCACCAUCAUGCAGAUUGAGGAGACCAAGGAGGAGCUGGACUCCACGGACACCUCGGUGGUGAUCAGCUCCUGCUCCCUGGCCGAAGCCCGGCUGCUGCUGGACAACUUCCUGAAAGCCUCCAUCGACAAGGGGCUGCAGGUGGCCCAGAAGGAGGCGCAGAUCCGGCUGCUGGAGGGGCGGCUGCGGCAGUCGGACGUGGCCAGCUCCUCGCAGAACCACGCCCUGCUGGACGCCCUGAGGGAGAAGGCUGAGUCCCACCCCGAGCUGCAGGCACUGAUCCACAACGUCCAGCAAGAGAACGGCUACACCAGCACAGAUGAGGAAGUUUCAGAGUUCAGCCUGGCCUCAGAUGGGAGCAUCUCCCAGUCUUUCACCAUGAAGGGCUCAGCAAGCCAGGAUGACUUCAAGUUCAAGGGAGAGCCCAAGCUUUCGGGGCAGAUGAAGGCAGUGUCAGCCGAGUGUCUGGGACCCACGCUGGACGUCUCCACCAAGAACAUCACCAAGUCCUUGGCAUCCCUCAUGGAGAUCAAAGAGGACGGGAUCGGCUUCUCCAUCCGGGACCCCUACUACAAGGAGAAGGUGUCACGCACCAUCAGCCUGCCCACGCGAGGCAGCACCUUUCCCAGGCAGUCCCGGGGCUCGGACACUUCGCCUCUGACACGGCGGAAAUCCUACGACCGCGGGCAGCCUGCCAGGCCUACAGACAUUGGCUUCACACCACCCUCGUCCCCACCCACCCGUCCGCGCAACGACCGCAACGUCUUCUCCCGUCUCACAAGCACCCAGAGCCAGGGAUCUGCCUUGGACAAGUCUGAUGACAGCGAUUCCUCUGUCUCGGAGGUGCUGAGGGGCAUCAUUAACCCCGUGGGUGGCACCAAGAAUGCCCGGACAGCCCCGCUGCAAUGUGUCUCGGUGGCAGAGGGACACACCAAGCCUGUGCUCUGCCUGGAUGCCACCGAUGAGCUGCUCUUCACCGGGUCCAAAGACCGCAGCUGCAAAAUGUGGAACCUGGUGACAGGCCAGGAAAUCGCCUCUCUCAAGGGCCACCCGAACAACGUGGUUUCCAUCAAGUACUGCAGCCACACGGGGCUGGUGUUCACCGUGUCCACGUCCUACAUCAAGGUGUGGGACAUCCGCGACUCCGCCCGCUGCAUCCGCACCCUCACGUCGUCCGGCCAGGUGAUCUCUGGGGACGCGUGUGCCGGGACCAGCAGCCGCACGGUGAGCAGCGUGCAGGGGGAGCACCAGAUCAACCAGAUCGCGCUGAACCCCUCGGGCACCGCGCUCUACGCGGCCGCCGGCAACGCCGUGCGCGUCUGGGAGCUGAGCAGGCUGCAGCCCGUGGGGAAGCUCAGUGGCCACAUCGGGCCCGUGAUGUGCCUGACUGUGAACCAGACGGCGAGCAACCACGACCUGGUGGUCACAGGCUCCAAGGAUCACUACGUCAAGGUGUUUGAGAUCACGGAGGGCAUGGCGGGCAAUAUUGGCCCCACUCACAACUUCGAGCCCCCUCACUACGAUGGCAUCGAGUGCCUGGCCAUCCAGGGAGAUGUCCUCUUCAGUGGCUCCAGGGACAACGGCAUAAAGAAGUGGGAUCUGGAGCAGCAGGAACUUAUCCAGCAAAUCCCCAAUGCCCACAAGGACUGGGUCUGUGCCCUGGCCUUCAUCCCCGGCCGCCCCAUGGUGCUGAGCGCCUGCCGAGGAGGCGUCAUCAAAGUCUGGAACGUGGACACCUUCACCCCAGUCGGGGAGAUCAAGGGGCAUGAGAGCCCCAUCAACGCCAUCUGCACCAACUCCAAGCACAUCUUCACUGCCUCCAGCGACUGCCGGGUAAAGUUAUGGAAUUACGUGCCUGGGCUCACCCCUUGCCUUCCACGACGCGUCCUUGCCAUAAAGGGCCGUGCUACUAGUCUGCCUUGACCCUCCUGCUCUUUGACUCUCUUGCUCAUAUGCUCCUCUUCCGUCUCUCCUUCCCUCUUCUCUCCAUCUCUCCCUCCCUCUGUCCCUCUCACUGUUGCUUUGCUCCUCUCUCUCUCCCCCACCCCUUUUUCUCUGGUCUGAGCUGCUUCUUCACGGUAUGAAACUAUUCUGCGUUUUUCCCCACUUGAUAAGCCUUUGUUAGAAUGGACUCAGCCCCUUGGCCCAGUCAUCCCCCUGCCUUGGUUCCACUUCUUUUUGGUUUUUUUAUCUCGCCAAGUGCCCACAUCUACUUUGGCAACUCAGUGGGAAGCCAUGGCCUGCCCGUGCCUUUGCAUGGAUAGUGGGUUGGGAGUCAGCAGCCACCCCCAGAUCAGCCCGUGCCCCAGGAGCAAAGCAGCUCCCUGGAUGUCACUGCUGGGACCUAGCUGGAGCUCAUUCAAGGGUAGGAGUCCUGGUGUGGGGUCAGCCCUGGAGGUCACCCUUUCCCCUUGUUCCCAACUGCUGCCAGUGGGCUGAGCUGGAGGCUGAGCCCCAAUGGGUUUGCCUUCUCCCCAAAGUGCAUCAGACAAUCUCCUGCCAAGGGAAAAGGGCCUGGAAGCUUGGGGGGCUGCAUGCUGCCGUGGUGGGUGGGGAGUGAGCACCCUCUGGGGCAGUGCUGUGGGGCUCCUGCCCCAACCCCUGGGUCAUGCUGUCCCUCUCACCUUUGUUCCUCAGCGACUUGACAGUGAAGCUCUGGAGUGGGAGGAGGUUGCCUGCGGGGUCAAACUAGGAACUGCAGAAAGACUGGAAGGCGUGGGGCAGGGUGAAGGUCAGGGUACCUCCCCCUGCUCUCAAGACUCAGUCAUCCACAGCAGCUCAGCCCAGGACAGGGAUUUCUUUGUGCCUGACCCAACGGGGUGGACAAUGCUGCAUCUGGUACUUCGAGCACUGUCAGCUCCUGUGAGGAAGCAGCUCUGGGGGGCACCAGCAGCUCCACCUGCCCUCCUGCUGAGGUUUCUCGAUGGUUCUCCAGUGAACAGGAAAUGUUUCAUCUCUCCUCUCACCCAUCCUGCUGUAAGGACUUUGGGGGUCAGAGAUCCCUGACUCCUCAGAGACACCCAAUUCCCUCCUGCCACUGUGGGCCCCCGUGGCCUCUGUGCUGUGCUGCUCCCAGGCUGGUUCCUGCAGGAGUCUUCUCCACCCCCCAGGACAUUUGGUGUCUGCUGGCCAGGACCACCACACAGAGGGUGCUUCUCUGGAGCCAUUACUUGUGAGACACCUCUGCUGUGGGGACUGCAGAAGGAUUCCCUUUCCUCUGUGGAUGUGGUACUCCCAGCCUUCCCUUCCCUCUGUGGAUGUGUCCCCAGUGAUUGGAGGGGCACACUCUGAGCUCCUUUGCCAUGUUCCAUCUCGUGAGGCACAGCAAGCCUGGGAUGAUCUCCACUGGGCAGCUUCCAGACAGACCUGAUGCAGUUCCCUUUGACACUCUCCAAACCCCAGUUGUAAACUCAACUGCCCCAUGGCUCUGGACUCUUCCCCACAUGCCCAGCCUGCUCAGCCCUGCUCUGGACAUCGUGACUCCCAUCAGGGUUUUGUGCUGGGUGCCUGCAGCCACUUAACCCCCUUGGGAUGGAGAAAUGAAGCAAGAAUGGAGGUUACAGGGCAAAAAGGCCAAGGCUGGAUUUGUCAUCCCACUGCUGUGGCUCGGUCUGUCCUUCCCUUAGGUUCUGCCCUCAGAGCUCUGCCUGGACUGGAGCUUGCUUAGGCUGGGCCUGCUGGGCUGCAUGGACCCAAGGCUGGAGGGGAGCAGCAAGGCAGGGAGCAGCCAGAGGCCACAGUGGCAGGAGCACAGGGGGAGGGGUUGCACACCCUGACCUCGCACAAGUCCCCUGACUCCCCUGUGCUCCAAGGACAAUCCUGCCGUGGAUGAUCUUGCACAAUCUCAUCUCCUUGAGGGUCUGGGGGCUCCACUCAGGAGUGACUCCCCAAGGAUGCACAUUCUGCAGGCUCUUUCCUCUGUCUCUCCUCUUCAAGGAGGGCUGAUAAGGGCCUGGUCUCACACUGGAGCUUCCCUCCAUCUCUCCUAUGGCCCAUUGGACCAUCCCUGCUCUGUCCUGCCCUGGGCCACCCAGGGUUUUUGUGGAAUGGCCAAGGAGACCCCAGGAUGGGUGUUCUGCCUCACACACUCUCCUUUCCCCUUUGUCACAGAAGAAGCAGCACUUAAAUUUAAGGAUUUCUCCAUGUGAUCCCACCAGCACUGAACUGGGAUCUUGGAGGCCAGGGGCUCCAGGACCUGCCCCAUCAAGCACAGACCUUUGCCCCUCUGCUCUCUCCAACCAUGGCGAUACCUUGACCAGCCCCAGGUCAUCAGCCACCAGCCCUUGUUCCAAGCAUUCUGGCUGGAGUGAGGGGAUUCCUCUGCAUCAUGACAGACAACAGUAUCUGUAUUGAUUUGGUGGGGGGAGGGGGGGUUUGCCUAUUUUGGGGAAAUUCCAUCCUGCUGGCUUGCCUUGUUGGAGGGUAAAUGGUACAUGUAUGUGUGUGAAUGUGUGUGAGUGUGACCCUGCCCAGGACAGUCCCUGCUCCCUGGGCCCUGCACAGCCAGCAGUGGUGGCUGUGUUGAGGAGAGGCUCCCAUCCAUCCUGGGUCACCUGUGGAACUGAGGGUGCAGCCAAAAGUGCACAGGGACCUCAGCACCCAGUGGCACACGGCCAUGGGGGUCUGCAGGAGGUGUUUCCCCCCAGGCCUGUCCUGGAGAGGGUUUCUGCGCUCAUUCCUCAGCUGGUUUAUCCUUUGCUUGGCUGGAGGGGCUCUGUGUGUGGUGUCUCUGAUGAGUGUUUGGCUGUAGAAUCUGUCUGCUCUGAGAUCUCCAGUGCCUGCCCUGGAGCCUUCCCUGCUGCCAUGGCUGAAGGGGACACCUAGGGUCAGAGCUGCCUUGCUUUGCCACCAGUACCUUCCUGUGUGCAGGCUGGGAGUGCCUGUUCAGCAUUGCAGGGCUGAGUGGCCAUCCUGAGCCGUGGAGGGAGGGAGCUGCUGCUGGGGCACUGCUGUCCUGAGGCGGGGGUUUGAAGGGAGGAGAGUCCUGAUUUAGGAACAGCAUUCUCCAAUUUAGUGCUCCCACUAAAUCCAUGCACCACUCACCCCAUCCCCAGCAGGGUGGAAAGGGGAACUGGAGGGACAAAAGAUGAAGAUCACAGGUUGAGAUAAGAGAAAUUUAAGAGCUGGAAAGAGCAGUGAGAUAAAAAGCAAACAGUAAAACAGCAACAAUAUUAAUAACAGAAGCAUACAACAGAGAGAAUGAUUCACAUGCAGAGUGCUCACCCUGACCUGCCUGCAGCCAUGUUCUACUUACCAGAGUAGACCUCUCCUCUGAGGAGAAGAAAUGGAUCUUGCUCCUGUGUAUCUCCAUGGCAUCAGCACAUUGUGAGUAAAGCCUUACACUCUUGUGGGUCUGCUGUGCCAGCCUGGGAUCCACACAGCCCAGCAGAGCCCAGUGCUGCUCUCCACACCUGGCUGCAGGCAGGGCCCCUCUGGUUCUUGUCAGGGUUCUCACUGCUCACUGCCUGCAGAUGUGAAGGUGCAUUCAGGAGGAUCAGAAGUGAUAUUAGCCCUUUUAUUCUGAGUACAUGCCUCCUGGAAGCUGGGCUGGCAUUUAUCCCUGAAGAAUUUCCUGCAGUUGUUUUUCCUCUCAACUCACACAGCCAUGCUUCUGGGGCAGAGGUGGGUUUUCCUUCCCACUUCCUCUUGUCCUCUCUGUGCUCUUGCAGGUAAAACCAUAGGAUGCCUUGUGAUGUGUCCCCUCUCUCUCAGGAGGGGGCCAGUUGCUCCCAGCAGCAGAGGCUCUGGGCUGUACUGGUGUGACAGGGGACAUUUCCUCAGUCCACAGUCCACGGGCUGGUCCAAUCUUAGACAGUCUUUUAACACAGCUGAGACACAGGCUGGUAGGAAGGAAAAACAAUGAUCUUCAUCAGAGUUGGGGAGUCACCUUUAACAUUGUUUGUUCUCCUUCUGUUCAGAUCCCUGAAUAACCUCCCUAGAAAUCUUUUUUGACUCCAAAGAUUAUGUGGACUGCACUAAGGAGACCUGGCAAAAAUAUGAUUUCCUUAACAUCCAAAGGGAAUUCAGAACUUCAAAAGCUCCUUUUAACAGACCUCAAGGGGGGAAACUGGGUGAAAGACUGGGGAAAAUCAUCCACAUCAGUGCCAGUGAGGCUGUGCUCUGUACACCUCCUGCCACAUGGAUGGUGUGCCCUGGACUCAUCUGCAGGGCACUGCUGCUGGUUUGAAUUCCUGGGGAUCCCUCUAACACAGCCAGUUCCCUCAGGGGCUGGGCACUUUGUCUGUGCUGUUCCACCUGCUUGGCUGCACUGCUCCAUCAUCCCUGAGGGAAUACCUUUCCCUCAUGCUUGGCAGGAGGUGCCUGCAGAGGCUGAAGUGUCUAUGCUGUGCCCAGUCCUCUUGCCAGUGCCCAGGUCCCAGGACAGGGAUCCCAGUUCCUUCCCUUCCAUCUGGCUCCACAGCGUGGCUGCAGCACCAGCACUGCAGCAAUGGGGUCACCAGGGGCUCAACCCCCUGGCAGCUGAAACCUCUUCACAUCUCAGCUUACUGGGGGUAGGGAUGGGUGGUUAUCUCCAGCCCUGCCUCUUCCUCCUGCUGUGAGGGCCCUGUUUGCUCUUCAUCCUCUGUACAAACUGAUUUGCUCUGGGAUUUCUGUGUGGGGGAGACUGCUGCCAGCACGGGUUGUUCCUGUGGUUCAGGGACAGCUUCAGUGUCCCUGUGGUUCAGCUGCAGCUUGAGUGACCACGGUGCCUGCUGCUCUGCCUUCCUCCUCCUGCCCUGAGGGUGCUGGCUGGUGAGCAGCAGCGUCUGAUGAAUGCUCACCAGGGCCCAGCACACUGCAGUGGGGCUCCUGGCUGGAACUGCUACAGCAUUCUCCUUGCAAGUGCUCUGUCACUUACAGCGUCUUGUACUUGUUCAGGGGGACACUUCCCAACCAUGGCAGGAGAGAAUUUCUUCCAAAAGUGGCCCAUUUUCUCCCAAGUUCAUUCCAGUCAUGACUAUUCCCCAUCACGAUAGAUCUCUGAAUAACCUCCCUAGAAAUCUUUACUCCAAAGUGUAUGUGGACUGCACUAAUGAGACCUGACAAAAAUAUGAUUUCCUUAACAUCCAAAGGGAAUUCAGAGCUUUAAAAGCUGUUUUAAUAGGCCUCAAGGGGGAAAGUGGGUGAAAAUCUGGGGAAAAUCAUCCUCCCCUGUUCCUCCAUGGGUUGGUCGUGAUUGUUAUUAAUGGACUCCCAAAGGAAGUGCCCCAGGUAAGGGUAGAAGAGCAACACUCAAGACACAUCCCUCACUGCCCUUGAUGUUAUCAUGUCAUAAACUAAUCCUGAUCCCCCUCCCUGCUCUGAGACAGAGACUGUGAUGGGAGCAGACAGAAUUAUGUACAGGUUUAGGUACCCACAUGGGCAGAGCAGGCAACACUGUCACCAGUGCCUCAGUACCUAAUGUUUAGAUCAAAAAUGUUUAGAUCAAAUUUGCUUCAGCCCACUCUGGGCAGAUCUGUUGUUAUCUCAACUGUUCAAGCCCUUCCUUGGAUGCCAAGAAAAAAAAAAGCUGUUGUGGUUUAGGACUGGUAUUCCCCAAAUCAGUGUUCCCACUACAACUGUGUGCUGCCACAAUCCCCACCUCCUUCCUUCCCUGUGGUAGGAUGGAGAGGAGAACUGGAGGCACAAAAGGUAAAAAAAUCACAGGUAGUGACAGGAACAAUUGACUGGAAACAGCAAUGAGAUAAGAAAAAUUAACAGCAACAAUAUUAAUAGCAAACAUGCAAUAAUAUGAAUAACAAAAGUGUACAAAAGAGAGCAAAUCACAUGCAAAUGCUCACCACGGUGUUACCCUGAGUGGAAGAGAUCCCUUCUCCCUGGAAGAGAGUCCCUGCCCCAGCAAUGAUGUGAGAUGUCUAAAAGAACCUCUGGGCUCUGGCCAUGUCCCCUCCUGGCUCCUGCAAAAAUUAACUCUGUCCUGGCUGGAACCAGGCCAGGGCUGACUGUGAUCCCACAGCUCUGUGUGUGUGUGUAUGUGUGUGUGUAGGUCCUGGUACCUGUGUGGGUUGAUGUUUCUCAUGCAGAAGAGCAUUUCUUGGGUGUUGAUCUGGUUUAGCUACCUCACGGUGCAAGCUGGGUGCUGUCAUCAUUGGGUUUCCUAUUGGGGAUGGGGUGGGGAGUUUGUGGUGUAAGGCUUUUUAUUUUUUUUCUCUUAAUUAUUGUUAUUGUUAUGGUUUUGACACUUGAAUUCAUCCUGGGGACACGUGGCCUCGCUCCCACCUUGCUGCAUGUCUGAGCCACCCGUGUUCCCCUCCCUGCCUCCUCCUGGCAGGGAGCAGGGCUGGGGUCCUGCCCUGCCAGCUCCCCUUUGCAGUGGGAUCCCCCAGAGCAGUUGCAACACCGAGAUUUUGCUCCCAUUUCUCGUGGGGUUCCUGGUCUGAGGAUCUGUGGUGUUGCCAGUGGUGAUUGGCUUGGUUGGCAGCCUGGAUGUCCCAUCUGGUCCCACGGAAAGGGGGCUCUGGAAGGCUCAGCUCAGCCCAAAUUUCUCUCACAGAUCUCUGUGGAUGUGAUGAAGCUCUGGACUGGGAGAUGUCUGCAGAGCACAUUGCUGGAGUGGGCUGCUUCCAGCCACCUCUGCCAGAGGCUGCUGCAGGGCAGCAGGGCCUGGGUGCUGUGAAAGCCUCUGCCCAAGCUGGGGAUGGACUGUGAGGAGCUGAUUCUGCUGUGUGAUGUUUGAUUUCCCACUCCCCAAAGUGUAGUUGUGUCAGGAUUCAGUGCCAAGCACUGAACACGAGCAGGGGGAGCCCUGGGGCCCCCAGCUCAGGCUGGCACUGCCCUGGCACAGUGGGGUCAGGAGCUCUGAGCCACACGGGCAGUUUGGGGUGCAGGUCCUCCCAAACACUAAAGCACAAGGUCCCACAUGCAGGUGCUCCAGGAGGGGUGGCCCCUUGGACCCUGGCCCUCCAGAGCUCUGCUGGGACCAUGGGCUGAGACAGGAGGAGGAGGAGGACUGGGAUGAAGGCUCCUUGCCUGUGGGUGAGCUGGUCCUUCCCUGUAGCUCAGGGGCCUGGCUGCACACCUGAAGUCCCCUCUGGUGGUCUCAGAGCCCCUCUGAGAGCCCCUCCAGGGCAGGGACACUUUGGAGCUGCCUUUGUACCAUGCACCUCAUUUUUCUCUGCCCUUGGGCACCUCGGUUUGUGACAAGGAUGUGAUCAUACCUGCACUCCUGCCUCAGGUUGCUGGGUUAUGCUUCUUUCCCAGGGCCUAACUCUUGCUCUGGGGGUCUCCUCACCCCCAGCAACAGCUCCAGCCUCUGUGGAGGAAGCAGGGCUUUGCACAGACCAGAGUCAAGAGCCUAAAAGCACUGGACCCCCACAGCACUGUGAGCCCUCCUGAGCAGUGUCCCCUCCCUGCCACCUGCAGCUCUGGUGACACGGGCUGGGCUGGUCAGCUGCGAGGAAUGGGAGCUCUGGGGUCCCAUCCUGUCCCCCCAGGUGUGUUGUUCCUCCCCACCAGCUCUGAGCACAGCUGCUUUGGGUUCUCAAUUGCUGCCUCCUGCCUUGGUGCUGCAAACUCAGUGCCUGCUUCCCACGGUGCUCUCCCAGUGCCCCAAACCAGUCCUGCCAGUGCCCCUCACCAGUCCUUCCUGUGACCAGUCCUGCCAGUGCCCCUCACCAGUCCUUCCAGUGCCCCACAUCAGUCCUGCCAGUGCCCCUCACCAGUCCUUCCAGUGCCCCUCACCAGUCCUUCCAGUGCCCCAUACCAGUCCUUCCAGUGCUCCUCACCAGUCCUUCCUGUGCCCCUCAUCAGUCAUUCCAGUGCCCCUCACCAGUCCUUCCAGUGCCCCUCACCAGUCCUUCCAGUGCCCCACACCAGUCCUUCCAGUGCCCCUCACCAGUCCUUCCAGUGCCCCACACCAGUCCUUCCAGUGCUCCUCACCAGUCCUGCCCAUGCUCCUCACCAGUCCUGCCCAUGCUCCUCACCAGUCCUGCCCAUGCCCCACACUGGAGAGGGUCCCGGUACGAUCCCUGCCAAGCACAGAGCUCCAGUUUGCUUUCCACAGGCUCCCUGGAGCUUCACUCUGUCCUGCAGGCUGCACGUCCUUCUGAGCCCCCCUCACCCUUCUGGGAAGGGCCGAGGACCCCCAGCCCCUCCAGGUGCUGCAUGGUGCUCCAGCUGUGACUGGGACAGACCCAUCCCAGAAAAGCACAGCCCUGCACCUUCCUCCUGCCCCAGGGCUCGUCCCCUCACCCAGCACAGCUCUGGUUCCUACAACUGCUCCUCGUGGCCUGGGAGCCCCGGGUGCAGCCCCACGCCAGGCUGGGGCAGCUGCAGCACUGUGUCCCUGCUCCACCUCUCCUUUCUGCACAAGGAGCACAACAGCAGAUGCCUUUUCACACCCGGGGCUUUUCCCAGAGGCCAGCUGCCCUGGAGGCUGGCGUUGUCUCUGUGGGGGUUGUGCAGCCCGGCCCUGGCUGGGUUUGUCAGAGCAUGAGGGGUGUGUGUGUGUGUUUUCUACCGUGGUGUGUUCCUGUAAAUAGUGUAAGUUAUUGUGCUCUCCUGCUGUACGUUUUUCAAUGGCUGUUUGUUUCUUGCCUUUUUGUCUUUGCAAAUAAAAUGUUCUUGACAUGAA